AUUUUUCAUGACGGAGGAUGUGUGCUGCUAUGUAUCAAAGUUACCGGUAUACGGCCUAAAACGCAUUUGGUGACCAAAUAAUUUCAAUAAUAUUUCAAACAUAAUAUUAAUAGCUUUAAGAAUAAUAUCAGAAGCCAACACAGAAAAUAUUCUGUAAAAGAACUAGUCAACUCUGCAACAAUUAGUACGUUGUAAUUGCUAGAGCAUCAUCAUCAACAAAUAAAUUGAAAAUGUCCUGGGAUGCGAUUGCUGUAACUUGUAAAACAACUGAUCAUGCAGAUGCUGUCAGAAAAGAGCUGGUUUUACGUCAGAAGAGAGGUUGGCUUCCCAGAGAUGUUGUUCUACUCUGUGUAGAAGAUCCACAAGAAGGGCUCGGAAGUGGAGGAGCAACAUUGAAUGCGUUACUUGUGGUUGCAGAACAUUUGUCUGCGAAAAAUGAAUUAACAGUUGUCUCCACAGAUAUUCUUGAAAAUACAAGAAUCCUGAUCAUCCAUUUAGGCCGAUAUUUCUUUCAUGACCCGUGUGGACGAGCAUUCGUUUCUCUUCCAGUCUCAAGAAGUAAUGAAGAAAUGGAAGAUGUUUUCACAAUUUUCGAUGCAAUUUAUCAAACUGUCACCAAUCAGUUGAACUCCAAAUCACCACCUGGACUUUGGGUUUGCAGUAGCGACAUGAUUCUGACUCUACCAUCAGAUAUUGAUGUUAGUCACGAAGAUUUUUCAUCUGGUAUACAUUGUAUAUCUGUACCAGCUACAGUAGAAUAUGCAAUGAAGCAUGGAGUUUAUAAAAUAGAUGAAAAGGGAUCUGUGGUUGAUAUUAUAUAUCAAGGUACUGAGGAGAAUGUUAGAUCAUGUUUGAUUGAGUCUCAAGGUGACGGAAUAGCAGGCGAUAUGGUUUCUUUAGUUUCAGGAUUUGUCUUUUUUUCAACUUCGGCAGCAGUUAAACUUCUCUCGUUACACAACAAUGCUCCUGUUAAUGCCUGCACUUACAUGGGAAUCGAUAGUGGUGUAGAUCCAAUACAGAUUUCUCUCUACUUUGACAUACUUUUAAGCAUGGCUAGUGGAGUGGGUGAGGAUGAAUUUGUAUGUGGAAAGAGAGGGAGCUCAUAUGGACACGACAGUUCACUUAAACAUGACAAGAACAUGGAACUAGUGAGAUCAACGCUCUGGGAUCAUCUGAGAGGAACAGAGUUAAAAGCAGUUAUACUACGAUCCGGAAAGCAUAAGUAUUUGGAUGUGACGGACACUCCUCUACAAUAUGCAGAACUUCUUAGGAAUCCAGAUGUUUCAAAGUUUCAGGGCUUCGAUUCAACCCUGCAAUCAAGGUCUUUUGUUGAAGAUACUUGUGUUGUAGCAAAAGAUUGCAUGCUCAUCAAUUCACUAGUCAGUGAAAAAUCAAUUGUGGAAGAUGGGUCUUUUAUUGCUCAUUCACACUUGAAGAGCUCAGUAAAAAUUGGAAGAAAUUGUGUCAUCAUUGGACUUGAUGGAGAAUCAUGUGAACUUGUUGAUAAAAUACCAGAUAAUAGCUUUGUUAUGGGGUUCAAUAUGAAGAUUGCUGGUUCUGGAGCACGAAAGAUAUUCUGCUGUGUUUGGAACUGCAAUAAAAUCAGUAUUUCUGACGAUAUAAACUCAAUAAUGAAUGAAUCCUCUGUCUCAGAAAAGAAAGAUAAAUUUGUUUUACGUGAUGAUAUUUUGAGAACUUUGAUUGGAGAAGCAACUCCACUACCCCCAAGCUAUCUCAAUCUCCUUCCUCAAGAUGAAAGACUGAAUCACAAGACAUUUUUCACUGCCAAGUUGUUUCCUGUACUUCAUGCUAGAGAUACCAUAGAUAUCCAAGAUACACUUUGUCUUCUGAGAGAAUCUGUCAAAUUGAAGCAGUAUCAGAAAUGGAAAUCGUCUUGGAGGUUUUCAAUUUAUGAUUUGUUGGAGCAAACUGAUCACAAUGCUGAGUUUACUUAUAGAAGAGAGUUGUCAGUGAAGGUAUCUUGUGCAAAGUUGAAACAAAAUUUAAUACACAAUAAAGAAACACAUAUCCAUUCACUUUAUGUACUUGGAGUCAAUUCUGGGAUGCAUCAAAUGUUAUUGGCAGUCUUAGAUGAAGCUGCUCUGGAGUGUGUUUCUCUUGAAAAACCACAUCUUUGUGCUCGAGUGUUUUCAUGCAUUGCCGAGGUUCUCGCUUUAAUGGCUGGUGAACAUGCUGGACUACGAAGUGGGCCUGCUGCAAACAAGGAUUGGAAGAAAGCUUUACUAUUACUGGAGAAAAAUCAAUUGAAAGAUGGCAUCCUUGCAUUGGCAGAGAUCAGAUCUCACUGGCUACAUAAUCCAGAUUUAUUAAUACGGGCUGCAAGACAUUAUGAAAGAGCAGAACAUAUUUUUAUCAAGCAUGCCUGCACAACUGUAGUUAAGUUUAUAAGGACUCUACCAGGGAAUGUGCUUAAGAAGGGUUUAUGGUUGUCUUGUGAAUGUCCUACAAGAAUAGAUCUCUCUGGUGGUUGGUCAGAUACGCCUCCAAUAUGUUAUGAAAAUGGUGGGUCUGUCGUAAACGUUGCUCUAUUGCUUGAAAAUGAACGUCCAGUUGGUGCACGAGUAAAAGUUAUCAAAGAGCCAAUGAUUUCGAUGACAACAGUAAUAAAAAAAGAUAAAGUGUCUUUCUCUAACCCUUGUUAUGAUAUUGAAAAGUUCCGAGAUUACUGCCGACCACAAGCCCAGGAUGCAUUAUUAAAAGCCUGUUUCGUAUUUGCUGGAAUUGUUUCAUUGGAUUCCAAGUUAUCACUGGAAGAACAAUUACUGGAAAGAUAUGGCGGAGGACUAGAAAUUCAAACCUGGUCAGACUUACCUCGAGGAUCCGGACUCGGAACAAGUAGUAUUCUUGCAGGUGCAAUUAUCACGGUUUUGCUUUAUUCUGGAGGCCAUGUUGCUGAUUUAGAUUGUGUCAUGCAUGCAGUAUUGAUGGUUGAACAAUUGAUGACAACAGGUGGAGGUUGGCAGGAUCAAGUCGGAGGAAUGGUAGGUGGUAUCAAGCGAUGUUUUUCAAAGAAUGAACUUCCUCUGAAAAUAGGAAUGAAACCAAUUGCGGUCAGUAAAGAUUUCCUUGGGAAAUUUGAAGAAAGACUAAAACUGAUAUAUACUGGAAAAACAAGACUUGCUAGAAACAUGUUGCAGGAUGUCCUACGGAACUGGUAUACUAAAACUCCAAAAAUUAUCAAGAAUUGUAAAAAUCUUGUCAACAAUGCUCUUAAUUGUGAGGAAUCAUUUUUAAAAGGUGACAUUGGAGCAGUGGGUGAAUGCAUUAAUGAAUACUGGAAGCAAAAGAAAAUAAUGGCGCCAGGUUGUGAACCAGCAUCUUGUACAGAGAUAAUGAAAGUCCUGCAACCUUAUUCCUUAGGACAAACGCUCGCUGGCGCAGGAGGUGGAGGUUUUCUGUGUGUUUUAUUGAAGGAACCACAGACUAAAGAGUUCAUAUAUGAUCUAGUAAAACAUAUAAAGGGUGCUGAAGAUUUGACUGUGUAUAAUGCUACGGUAGACAUGACUGGUGCUUUGAUAUCUACCACAAGUGUGGAUGACUGAUCAUCCUUUAGACCAGGGGUGUGCAACCUUUUUCGCAGGCGGGCCAAAUAUCAAUAACCGGGUGAAACCGCGGGCCGCACCUACAUUCAACACAGCCUUCAAAUACAGCUUUCUAUUAGUUGCAGGCACAAAAUGAUGUCUUUUUGUUAUUGAUCUCAUGUCAUCAUUAGGAGUCCUUGCAGAAAUGAUAAGUUAAAACGCCUAAAUUGUUAGCUUUUGUAUCUUUUAAUAAUAAUUUUUUUUAAACUGCUCUCCAGUUGCCUCCGCGGGCCGCACAAUUUUCCUUUGCAGGCUGCAUUUGGCCCGCGGGCCGCACUUUGCACAGCCCUGCUUUAGACCUUUAGUCUAAAAACCAAAAUUUCUUCAAUAGUGUAUCAUGAUCGCAAAUUUCUAAAUUUAAUUUAGGUUGUUAACCUAGACACUCAUGUGCAAAAAAAACGCUCAUAGUAAUUGUUUUCACUAACUUGAAAAUCAAAUGUCUUGUUAUAUACAGUUUAUGCAAUAUAUUUUGACCGCAGUCGUUUAUAAACUUAUGCCAUCGUUUGUAUGAGCAUCAAAUUUUGUUUCUUGCUAUUAUUCAGCUAUAUUGUAUGUUUACUUUUUCAUUAGUGAUUCAAAUGAAAUAAACACUUCUUUCAAUUU